AUGGCGGCAUUGCGGCGGUUACCGCCGGGAUUCGGCUUCCGCCCGACGGACGAGGAGCUGAUCCAAGGCUACCUGCGGCGCAAGGUGGAGGCAGCGGAAGGCCGCCGCGCGGACGACGACGACGGCGACGACGGGCUGAUCGCUGAGGUCGACAUUCUCCGCUACGAGCCGUGGGGCCUGCCCAGCCAGUCGCCCCUCGAGGCCGGCGAGUGGUACUUCUUCUGCGUGCUCGAGAAGAAAUAUCCGAACGGCUCGCGCUGGGAUCGCGCCACUGAGAGAGGGUACUGGAAGUCGACGGGCAAGGACAAGGCCGUGCUCAGCUCGCGCACGUCGCGACAAAUAGGGUUCAAGAAGACGCUCGUGUUCCACCUGGGGAGGGCGCCACGUGGCAAGCGGACGGACUGGAUGAUGUACGAGUACCGGCUGGAGCCCGCGGCAGUGGCGGGCUACGUGCUGUGCCGCUUGUUCAACAACAACCAGCCGCCUGCUGCGCGCGCGCCGCCUGUUGCGAGCGCGCCGCCUGCUGCGCAGCUGAUGGACCUUCUGGGGCUCGAGGAGGCCGACCUCCCGCCCUUCCACCUUGCCGCCGCGCCGAUUGUGCCCGUUGCCGUGCCUCAUAGUGACGUGCAUCCGGACACAUUCCGGGAGAACAUUUCUCGGCAAGCUGUGUCGGCUGCGGGGGCGGCGGGGGGCCACAUAGCGGAGCAUGAGGAGAGCCACGUGGCAGAGGAUGACGAGUGGUUGUACGAGGAGCUGCCGCCACUUGAUCUCCCCGAGGGCUUCUUCAUCGACGACAGUCACGCCGCCCUCCCCGCCACUCCCCCCGCUCCCGACGCUUUUGCUGCAUUGGGUGCGCCUGGUGCGCGUGCGACGGCGGCGCCAGGUGGUUUCGCGCCUGCUGGCGCAGUGCUUGGAGUGGCAGAGCGGAGAGCACCCAGAGCAACCGCCGCAUCGGCAGUACCCUCGAGACCAGCGGCGCCUGCGCCCAUCCGGCCAGCGCCCCUGCAACCAGCGCCCCUGCAACCAGCGCCCCUGCAACCAGCGCCCCUGCAACCAGCGCGCGCAACCACCUUCGCAGAGGCCCUCGCAGCGCGGGCGGGUGCCGCCGCAGCAGCAGCAGCAGCAGGGAGAGGCUUCGCACCGCUCGCCGCUGUUCCCUUCGCCGUCGUUCCCCUUGCAGCCGCUCCUCUUGCCUUCGUUCCCCUCUUUGUCGCUCCCCUCACUACCGCUCCCCUCACUGCCGCUCCCCUCGCCGCCGCUCCCCUCGCCGCCGCUCCCCUGGGCGGCACACGUGCGAGAGCAUCGGGCCGGACGAGGGCGAGGCCUGUGCGCGCCGCUGGUGCCGUCAUGCACGGCCGGCGCAUGCAGGCGCUCAACGCGGGUGGCAGCAGCGGAGUGCGGCUGGCGAGCACCGGCGGUUGGAGCAGCGGUACCCCGUCACGGAAUCUGAGCGCGCGCCCUGCUGCGCCUCACGCAAAGUUGCUUCUCGCGGAGGCCAGUGGCAGUGUGGGUGAUGAGGAUUGUCUCAUGGGUGCGCGAGGGUUGUCUAGGGAUCAGCAUGAGGGCAUGGUAGCAGCAACACCCGUAGCAGCAACACCCGUAGCAGCAACACCCAUAGCAGCAACACCCGUAGCAGCAACACCUAUAGCGUUUGAUGGCUGGGGUCUGGAUCCACACGUGGACCUCAGCGCCGUUGCAGAUGUCACAAGGAUAUUGCCCAUGCCGCAGGAUGUUGCAGUAGAGGCCGGUGCGGUAGAGGCCGGUGCGGUAGAGGCCGGUGCGGUAGAGGCCGGUGUGGUAAAGGUCGGUGCGGUAGAGGCCGGUGUGGUAAAGGUCGGUGCGGUAGAGGCUGGUGCGGUAGAGGCUGGUGCGGUAGAGGCCAGUGCGGUAGAGGCCGGUGUUCCUAUAGCAGACCGCAUGUUGGAGCCCCCUUUGCCCACUGCCUCUACCAGGGCUGCACCCAGCCCACGUGUGGCCGCUGGGCCGUGUCUAGCCCCUCUGCCCGUCCCUGCUGCUCGAGCGGUUGCCCCUGCUGCUGCUCCGGCAGCAGCGGAGGUGGUGCUUCCGCCUCUGGUGGCAGCACCAGCGGCAGCGGCUGAGGGGGGGGCACGUGGGGCAGCAGCUGGUGCCAUGGUGGUGGAAGAAGGAGGUGCGGUGAUGGAAGAGGGAGGUGUGUGUGCCGGUGCUCGUUCCAUGGCAGAUCUCAUCGCACAGUCCUCCCGGAAAACCCGCGCGCGGCGCCACCCGUGGCCACAGUACCUGCCCGCUCGGCACUCAGUCAACCUCGGAGUUGCUUCCGCUGCAGUUCCCAGACCAGCAAGAAGAGCAGCAUCAGCAGCAUAA